AUGGAGCCGCCCUUGUUCCCUCGAGAGUCCGGACAGUUUGUUGCAGAGCAGAGUCAGGAUGUGUUUGUGGAGGAAGAAGGUGUAUGGAAGGUAGCGGAGAUGCUUUACAAUCUGCGGGGCAAAGAUGAGCUGAGGGCCAGUGGCUGGAAGAAGGCCAACCCCCUGGCCCCUUCACCCACCUCAGACCAGGGGAGUCAUCAUGCCUUCAAUUGGGUGUUUGUGGUGGACACCAUGAACUUUUCCUUUUGGCCUGAUGAGGCAACACGGCAGUGCGAGGUGACCUUCCGAGGGAUCACACACACAGGCUACAUGACCUUGUGCGCUGCCAUCACCAGAGCCAUGGAAGAAGGGGUGCCCAUUACUGACCCAAAGUUCUUCUCCCAGAUAUCCAUGGAUGAGUUGGCGCACAUCCUUAGGUCGGACAACAAAACGCCCAUGCCCAUGCUUCAAGAACGCCAUAAGGUGCUGACUGAAGGAGGUCGUGUGCUGUUGGAACAUGGUGGAAGCUUCCAGAGCUUCAUCAGCCAGGCUGAGAACGAUGCCCGCAAGAUGGUGGAGCUUAUCGUAAAGAAAAUACCCUCCUACCGAGAUGAAGCUGUGUACCAGGGGAAGAGAAUCUCAUUGUAUAAGAGGGCGCAGAUCCUCGUGGCAGAUUACUGGGCCGUUGCAGCAGCCAGAGGCGAGGCGGACAUCAUCAAUAUAGACUGGCUUACCAUGUUCGCUGACUACCGGGUCCCACAGGCCCUUGUCUACUUGGGCGCACUGCGAUACUCGGAAUCUCUAAUGCACACACUCAAGAGUGGUGAACUGUUGGAUUCGGGCGACCGCAGGGAGGUGGAGAUCAGGGCGUGCUCCAUUUGGGCAGUAGAGCGCAUCAAGGACCGCCUGGACGAGCUGGCGCGGGAGCGAGGCAGCAACAGCGGAGGCAUCAACUCUGUGCUGAUCGACUUCUAUCUAUGGCCGUAUGCCAAGCAGCACCACAGAGAGAUGGCCCACAUUCCCAUACACCACACACGAUGUGUUUACUACUGA